AUGAAAGCCUCAACGUCGGAAUUCCUUACCACUCAGACACCCCCGAUUAACUUUGGAGGCUCUGGAUUGGUUAGGCACUCUUCUGGGUCAUUCAACAGAGAUUCUAUUAAAAUUGCCUCCUUAUUGAACCCAAGCACCUCUUCUCAUUUUGAACCAAGCUCAAAAUUCACUUCCCCCCACCCAUCUGGAAAUUCCACACCUUCUUUCGGUUAUGACUAUCCUCCUCUUCCCUCUUCUCAAAAUCAAAGGUUUCUCCUGCCAACUCCAAUAAGUUCUUCGCCGGACUCGUUGGAUUCCUAUCCUUCUUCCCCUCCAACAUCUGGUAUGGGAAGUGCUUUCCCUCCCAUGUCGCAGAAUUUCACCAGAUUGAUGCACCAAUCAGUUCCUACUGGUACUGUAUUGGCUGCUGGAUUUACACCAGUGUCUCAAUCCCCGAGCCCGCACCUGAUCCCUUCAAGCUCAUGGCAACAGCAGCAAAAACUUCUGGCACUUUCUUCUUCUAUUCAAAAUAACCCUAUCAGCUCAUCUCCUACCAUUUUUCAAACGAACCCCUUUUCACCUUCAUCAGCCGCCCCUCGUCGCUUCCGUUGCAACAUUUGUGGGAAACGGUACAUGACUGCUGCCCAUCUAAACCGCCAUGAAACCAUUCACACUGGCGUUCGUCCAUAUGAGUGUCCUUAUCCUGAUUGUAAUUCGAGAUUCUCAAGACAUGACAAUUGUAUGCAACAUUUCAAAACUCAUAAUAAUCCGCGGGGUAAGACUAGCAGAAGAAUGAGAAAAAUUAAGGGAAAAGAGUCGCAAUAUCCAUGUUCAGAUCCUUGA